CCAGGAAUCCUCUCUCUGCACUGCGAUUCAUAAUCUUUCAAAAGUAAACAACACAACCACUCUCUCUCUCUCUCUCAUCACUCUCACACUCAGAGAAAUUAAAUAAUGGCAACUUUUCCAGUGAUUAACAUGGAGAAGCUCAAUGGGGAAGGAAGGGCAGCAACAAUGGAGAUGAUCAAAGACGCAUGUGAAAACUGGGGUUUCUUUGAGGUGGUGAACCAUGGAAUCGCUCCUGAGUUCAUGGACACGGUGGAGAAGCUGACCAAGGAGCACUACAGGAAAUGCAUGGAGCAGAGAUUUAAGGAGAUGGUGGCUAAAAAGGGCCUUGAAGCUGUUCAAUCUGAAAUCAAUGAUCUCGACUGGGAAAGCACCUUCUUCUUGCGCCAUCUCCCUGUCUCAAACAUGUCUCAAGUGCCCGAUCUUGAAGCAGAAUACAGGAGGGUCAUGAAGGAAUUUGCUGCCCAGUUGGAGAAACUGGCUGAGCAGCUUCUUGACUUGUUGUGUGAGAAUCUUGGCCUUGAAAAAGGUUAUCUGAAGAAGGUAUUCUAUGGCUCCAAAGGUCCGAAUUUUGGCACUAAAGUGAGCAACUAUCCCCCGUGCCCAAAGCCCGAUCUCAUCAAGGGCCUUCGGGCUCACACUGAUGCCGGGGGCAUAGUCCUUCUGUUCCAGGAUGACAAGGUCAGCGGCCUCCAGCUCCUCAAAGACGGACAGUGGGUCGAUGUUCCGCCCAUGCGCCACUCCAUCGUCGUCAACCUCGGUGACCAACUUGAGGUGAUCACGAAUGGGAAGUACAAGAGUGUGAUGCACCGUGUGAUUGCACAAACAGAUGGGACAAGAAUGUCGCUUGCAUCGUUCUAUAAUCCGGCAAGUGAUGCAGUGAUCUAUCCUGCUCCAGCUCUGGUUGAGAAGGAGCAGACAAGAGAUCUGUACCCAAAAUUCCUGUUUGAGGACUACAUGAAGCACUAUCUUGGGGUCAAGUUCCAGGCCAAGGAGCCAAGGUUUGAAGCCUUUAAGAACAUGGAGAACACUGCUGAUCUGGGACAAGUUGCAACUGCUUGAGUAGGUUAAAACAGUAUGCUCAGUGAUUUGAAAUAAAGAAUCCGAACUCUGAGUUUAGGAACUGAUGUUGCCUAAAAGAUAAUAAGCCGUUCUCGUAGCUUGUAUUUGAGUGUUAUAGAGGACUUGUUUGGCUUGUGUAAGAUUAGUGUGUUGUACUUUCCAAUUCUACAAGAAAUAAGACAUCAAAAUUUUCGUCCUA